AUGAGCUCGUUCGUCAAGUCCAAGCUGCUGCCCAGCGGCCACUCGAUCCCCGCCGUCGCGCUGGGCGUGUACCAAAGCGCCCCCGGCGCUGAGACGUACGACGCCGUGCUGGCCGCGCUGCGUCUCGGCUACCGACACAUCGACACGGCCACCGUGUACCGCAACGAGGCGGACGUGGGCAAGGCCAUCCGCGACUCGGGCGUGCCCCGCCAGGAGGUCUUCGUGACCAGCAAGAUCGUGGCUCCGCGCGGCCGAUGGAGCUACGACGAGGUGGUGGAGGGCGUGCGGCUCAGCAACCGCAAGCUCGGGCUCGAGUACAUCGACCUGUACCUGCUGCACGCCCCCUUUGACGGCGCCACGCGCGCCGAGGCCUGGAGGGCCCUGGAAGACAUGCAGACCGAGGGCGUCGUGCGCGACAUCGGCGUGUCCAACUUUGGCGAGCUGCAUCUGCAGAAGCUCGCCCAGACAUGGCGCGUCAAGCCCGCCGUGAACCAGGUGGAGCUGCACCCGUGGCUCGCGCGCGCCGACACGGUCAAGUACUGCGAGGAGCAGGGGAUCAUCAUGGAGGCGUACUCGCCCCUGGCCCGCGCCCAGAAGAUGCACGACCGCACGCUCAAGCAGAUUGCAAGCGAGGCGGGGGCGACGUCUGCGCAGGUGCUGAUCGCCUGGAGCCUGGCCAAGGGCUUCGUGACGCUGCCCAAGUCGGUGACCGAGUCGAGGAUCAAGAAGAACUUGGAGGCGGCCAAGCUGGAGCUCACGAGCGAACAGGUCGAGAAGUUGAAUGGGUUGGACACGUACUUCGUGACUGCGUGGGACCCGAUCAAGCAGCACGCAGUGUAA